AUGGUUUACGGUAGCUACUGCGUACUUUUUUUGGCUUCAUUACUAUUGAUUCAAGUCCAAGCUAAAAAUAUAGCAGACAUAGAGACAUAUUUCGACAAUGAAGGAAGGCCACAUAAGAGAUUUGUAGCGGAACAUCCUGUUUUUAAGCCUUAUGACGAUUCCCAUAGACCUGUAAAUUGGGCAAAUAUGAUGGGGACUGCUAAUGAUAGAGAGAAUAGACGUCCUUCUUUACAGAUCAACGAUUUAUUUGAUGAAUGUAAGAGUAAAGAGACGUUUUUAGGUAAUAAGAAUGAAUUCCAUAUUCAAGGUUAUAGAUUGCCUUUAGUUCCUUUGAAUUCUACUUUACCAAGUUUGAGAGAGGUUGAAAUUUUUGCAAAUUAUGCAAGAACAGACAAAUCGCUGUCAGAUAUGUUUGGUGAGGAUAAUGAAGAUUUAAUCGUUAUUGCCCCUACAAAUAAUGCUAUAAUGAAGUUAUCUGCAAAGCCAUGGCAGUUUCCAAUUGAUAUUGAGAGUUUAGAGGAUAAUGGGGCUCCCGAGGAAGAUAUUGACGAUGCCAUCCAAAAUAAUGUCUCUAAAUUUGUGAGAUCUCAUGUUGUUUCCUAUAAUACCAAUAAAGACACUUAUAAAAAAUUAAGACCUGGUGUCACAUUGCUAAGAAGUCUUGCUGCUGAUCCUAGUAGUGAUGGUGAUAUACUCUUGAAGAGGGAUUCCAAAGGUUCUUAUUACGUUGCAUCUAUCAUUGAUAAGAAAUUCUCUUUAGUUAAAAAAAUUGAAAACAGUGUUAAUGGGAUCAUUUUAAUAGUGGAUUUAUGUAUGGAAAGACCUGCUUAG